AUGGACAAGCCAAAAAUCACGGUCGAGGUUGUGUCCACGACACCGGCGAAGACGUCAUCAGAUUCGAAAUCGAUGUUCAGGGUGCUGGGCAAACGUAAACACAAGCACACCUGGGCAGUAGUUUGGUGUAUCUACGCGCUCUGGUGUACCCUCGCCAACAAUUAUGGUAAGACGACGGGAAGCUCUGUGCUCGGCAUUCCGCAGUUUAGGCACGAUUUCGGGGACCCUUUUGACGGCAAAUACGUAUUGCCAGCGUACUGGCAGGCUGCAUACUAUGGCGCUCCACAAGCAGCCGCAGUUAUGGGCGCGAUAUCUGUCGCAUGGACCGCUGACAAGAUCGGCCGUCGACCUGCCCUAGGACUUGUCCUCAGCUUCAGGAUCCUGUCCAUUACUCUGGAAACCGUGGCGACCACGAAUCCGGUGUUCUUUGGCGGAAGACUCGUGGGAGGGUUUUCUACUGGGGCUGUGAACACGUUGUGCAUGACGUAUAUUGGCGAAAUCACACCGUUACGACUUCGCGGUAUCUUGACCGCUGCCGCUCCAAUCGCGCUUAUCCUGGGCUCGUUCUCGGCCGCGAUCAUGGUGGCCUACACGGGAGAUCAGUCCACUCGGUGGGCGUACCGCACGGCAUUCAUAUCGAGUUAUGGCUUUGUUGCCGUUGCAUUGAUAUUUCUCCCUUUCAUGCCGGAAUCUCCUUGGUGGUUGAUCAACCAAGACCAGAACGACCGAGCAAUUCACGCAUUGUCCCGGCUAGGUUAUGUCGUAGAUGCUGAAGCACGUGCAUCGGAGAUCAGAAGAGUAUUGGCAAAAACCAAAGAGGAGACCUCUGGAGCGACCUAUGCAGAAUGUUUCCAGCGUUCGAAUUUGCGGCGGACUGUGGUGUCAGCCAUGCCUUUGACUAUUCAGACCUUUUCUGGUGUUGCGUUUGUGGCUUCUUAUAGCACCUACUACCAACAGCUUGCAGGCUAUAGCACAGCAGCGAGCUUUCGGCUUUUCAUUGCUCAGCAAGUGCUGUCUGGCUCUGGCAAUGUUUGUUCUUGGUUUCUGGUGGACCGCCUCGGCAGGCGACCGCUAACGUUCUGGGGGAUGAUCAUCCUUACGACCCUCCUUAUGGUGACUGGCGGCUUGGCUAUAGCUGCGACACCAGGGGCUAUCAAAGGCACAAUCGCCCUGCUGCUGCUCUAUUGUUUUAUUUACAAUGCCACCAUCGGCGCCACAGCUUUCUCUAUCCUCACCGAGAUAGCCACUCCGCGACUCCGAGCCAAGACAGCAUCCAUCUCUAUUGCUCUCCAGAGCUCGUUGUUUACCAUGUGGGGCUUUGUUCUACCUUACCUCUUCAACCCUAACAAAGCAAACCUUGGAGCUAAAGUCACCUUCAUCUUUGGCGGUAUCUCCGUCUUCUCCAUUGGCUAUCUUUGGUACUUCCAGCCGGAAUCCUCCGGCCUCUCCUACGAGAUGCUCGACGAGUUGUUCAUCAAACAAGUGCCAGCAAGGAAGUUCAAGUCAUAUGCCCUGGCCAGAACUCAAGACCAAGAUGAGAAGACCCGAGUACGUGUGUAG